GGACAGUCAGGCAAAUAUUUGAAACGCAGCCAAGCUUCCAGCCAUGGGUGGUUGCUGCAGUCAGUCAACCAUUCCCAGACACACUGCAAGCAUCUUCCAGCAGUACGAUGCGAAUGGAAAUGGCCAGCUGGAAACGUCAGAGUUGGCAGCUUUCUUGCGUGAUGCCUUUCCAGGCAAGGAUCUGUCAAACAAGCAAGUGGACGACUUCAUGAAUGAGUUCGACGCAGACAAGAGUGGAACAAUUGGUUUGAAUGAGCUUCAUGCUUUUCUACGCUUUUACGAUUCGUCCUCCAAGACCAUGCGGAGGAAGACGGCACUUUUGGUGAUUGAUGUCCAGAACGACUUCAUUUCUGGUACGCUGGCCGUGCAGACAUCUGAAGGCAUCGUUCCCACCAUUAACCAGAUGCGAGAUCAGUUCGAUUGUGUCGUGAUUUCAUAUGACUGGCAUCCACAUGAGCAUUGCUCAUUCGUUGAGAGUGCCAAUGCCGGGAAAGUGGCAAUGAAAGAAACUGAGAGUGUUGGCAAGCUCAAAGCGUUCACUCAGGUGACCCUGCUGGGUGAUGCAGAUCGCGCAGAACAUCCACAAAUGCUGUAUCCCCGCCAUGCUGUUCAGAACACGUGGGGCGGUGAAUGCCACAAAGAUCUGGUGGUGAAACCCGAAGAUAUGUCCGUGUACAAGGGAAAGAAGGCCAACAUCGAUUCCUAUUCCGCUUUUUUCGACAACUGCAAAGCCAAUGACACUGGCCUGACGAAGCAGCUUGAAGACGCUGGAGUCACCGAUGUCUAUUGUUGUGGCUUGGUCUUCGACAUAUGUGUCAAGUCGUCUGCGCUCCAUGGAGCGGAGAUGGGCUUCCGCGUGUCUGUGAUCGAAGAUGCCUGCAAACCUCUGAGUGAAAGCGAGGUGCUGCCAACGAAGAAAGUCCUGAACGAGGCUGGUGUGCGAGUCCUGUCAUCAGCCCAAGCUACUGAAGAGGUCAAGCAGCUCGCGGCUGCUGGGAACAUCGCUUUGGGAGACUUCAUUCACCAAGUGGCAAAUCACAAACACGCGGCCAUUCUGCACCGAGCAGAAUCACUGUCCUCUCAUUGUCCUGCCCCAUAGUUGCAAAGACGAUUGAUUGUAGGCCUGCUCGAAUGCUGAAAAAGGUGCUCUGGCUGUCAGCACCCACCAUCAGAUCAUCAGCGCAGCAAUGUUUUUCAUCAACUUGUCAUUGGCCGCAGACUUCAGACACAUCAGGCCUUCCUUCUGUCACGACCUUGGUAGAAACAUGGAAGGCUACUUUUGUGCCGAGGCACGCGCAAGCCUAUGCUAUGCCGAUGCUUUUAAAACAGAACCAGCUGCCAGGUUGACUUUCUGGAUGGAUUUGGUUGAGGC